GGAGCCUCUCCUUCCUCUUGUCUCAUCCGGCCCAGCCUUCCAGCGCCCGCAAACCUAGCGUGCCGCCGUUAGUUCCACCACCGCCGCCAGCGAGCCCCUUGCCCCGACGAGCGACGCACUCGCCGACGUUCAGGCCGCCGCCACAAACGCCUCCACCACCCAGUGGGCGACCUUCAACCCGCCCGCGACCGCCACCCAUGGCAGAGACCACCGAGAAGGAGUACCACGCCGACGAAGAGGAAGACGUGGUCGGAGAGGAGGAAGGAGGCACCGGGAGCGAAGGCGAGGAGGUUGGAGGGGCAGGAAAGAAGAGGAAGCGGCCUCUGAACAAGAAGAGCCUGGGCGGCUUCAGCAAGCGCGGGGUGUGCUACCUCAGCCGCGUCCCUCCCCACAUGAACCCGUCGCACGUCCGCCAGAUCUUCUCCAAGUACGGCGAGGUGCAGAGGAUCUACCUCGUCCCCGAAGGUCAAGGUCAUCGAAAGCAUAGUAACGUAAAAGCGAAGGCUUACUCCGAAGGGUGGGUUGAGUUUGCAAAGAAAAGUGUCGCCAAGAGGGUGGCUAAUUUGCUUAAUGGUGAACAAAUAGGUGGGAAGAAGAGGUCGUCAUUUUAUUAUGACAUCUGGAACAUAAAGUAUCUCAGGAAGUUCAAAUGGGAUGAUCUGGUUGGUGAAAUAGCUGAGAAGACUCAUAUCAGGGAACAGAAAUUAACAUUGGAGAUAACAGCUGCAAAGAAACAACGUGAUCAUUAUCUCUCUAAUGCUGAAAAGUCUCGUACACAGAAAUUUAUUCGUGAGCGCAUAAAAAAGAAGCAAAAGACUGAAGGAAAAGAAUCCAAUGAUGUUGGUGAGACGAAUAAGGAUUGUCCAAUUCCUCGACAGAAUAGAGCAGUUGAGGAGAGAGGCCCUAAUAAAAAGGCAAAGCUCUCAAAAAAUAUUCUGGCCGGAGUAUUCGGUAGUUCAUCAUGAUCGAUUUUGAUUCCCGGUGGAUUGGAGCAUUGCAAACUGAAUGUUCUAGCACAGGAUAAUUGCUGUCUUCACCAUCUGCCCCACCUUUGUAGAUUAGGCUGUCAUUUUUUGUAAUGGACGGUGAAUGGUUUGGUCGUUUGGUGAUUGCGGAUUGCCAAAUAUGUAUUGCUUCUGCUGUAAUACUGGGAUGGAUGUACACUAUUGUUAAUUUGAAAGAGUGAAGUAAUAUUACCCUGUA